CAACAACAACAACAACAACAACAACAACAACAACAACAACAACAACAACAACAACAACAAGUACUUGCAGAAAAAAAACAUGUUUUCAACAAUAGAUGGUUCCCACAGUUGGUUUGCACAAGUGCAAUUGCCCUCGACGAUCGAAGGCACCGGAAAGAACUGGGUCAUUGGCUUUUCGUUUGUGUAAAUCAUGUAAAGAAUGUGAUAUGUUCAUCUGGCCAAUGCGACACCAUCACCAUCAUCACCAUCAACUAUGGCCCAUCAACUGGUGCAACCAGCUUUUUCAGGGCGUUCUGAACCUGCGCGACGAAUUACACAAACAAGCCGAGGCCAUGGCAGAAGGUGAUUUGCCUCAAAGAGUUCAGCCUUCGUGAGCGAAGCUUGGCGCUGGCCCUGUGUUGCACAGGGCGAAGCUUGGCGGUGUUUUCUUUUCGGCGACUUUUGGAUGCUGCUUUUCUUUGCUGUGCAAAAAGAGAUGGGCUCGUUUAAUACCUCGGACACCUUGUUCACAGGGGCUCUUGCACCAGGAUGGUUCUACAUCUACUAAUCCACAGUCAACAUGAAUUACUGUGAGCUUUGGAAGCGCCAGGGCCGGAGCUGAGUUGUUUUGUUAUUUACCGGGAUGCCCGGUCCAGUCGGGUGCAUACUGCUUGUCCGAUCCGUGUAUCCCCAACGACUGUCCGAAACCCAGUCAGGCACAGCAAAAGCAUUCAAUCUUUGUGGACCUGAAAACAGGGAGGCUUAGGUCCCAGGAGCACCGCAUGGUGGGGGAACAAACUGGAGGAGGCCACUGGAGGCCACGGACCCGGCUGCUGCUGCUGCUUUGGUGUGACUGGAUUCGUAUCGAGCUUCGCAUCUUUCCUCUUUUUUUGACUGCUCUCCAGGAGCUCUUGCAGCAAAAGUUCCAGACGCCACUCAAUGAGCUGCUGAAGUACAGAGCCUGCCUGGAAAAUGGGGGUUGGAUCGCCCAGGUCACCGUCUCAGCUGAGAAGGACUUCACUCAAACGAGCCACCCCUGUCGGACGAAGAGGGAGGCUGAACAAGAGGACUCGGGCGGGCCGGACGGGAGACCAUGCCUGCUCCGAAAACAGGCGGGCUGAAUAGAUUGAACACACACACACACAUGUUGUAUCUGACCCACACACGCAGCCAAACAAUGCGAUACAAUGCCCGACGAAAUCACAAGCUGAACCUGUCAAUGGGUGGUGUUCACAAUCAGUCAACUGUCCAUGUUACUGUAUCUUAAAGAAACCAGGGGCUGGACCAACUCUGCCAAUCUUCGCAGCUUCAUAAACCCAACCAGCCAGCUGUUAAUUCACACCAGGCACCUUUUGUUCGCAGCACGAGGCAGCCAAGUUGGCCUAUGGGCAUAUGCGGCAAUAUCUUGAAUGAAAGGCCCCGUGGAGAAGGCGAUCGGAGAGUUCUAUCCAAUGGGUAGUCGGCUAUCUGAGGGUUUUUGAGGUUGGAAUUUGUUCCAUGCUAAGAGAAGCACAUGAUGUAAUAUAUAAUAUAUAUAUAUAUAAGAAACGGUUCAGAGGUUGGAAUAGAACGGAAGUGCCAUUUUCAGAGGAGUCCGGUGCUGCCCUUCCCAUGUUUAAAGCAGCUCCAGCUCACCGGGGGCAUCACAUCCGUGACUGGACUGAAUACUUAAGAGACUAGAAAUGACUAUUUAAUGUAGACUCUUGAUUAACAAACCACCCCUUUGAAGAGGAUGUUCAAUUCAAACGGGGGGGUGUAUUCAUCAAGAGUCUACAUGGAACUGUCGAGAAUUCUCUUCACAGCUUGGAAACGGCUGGUGAUUGAGCCAAACGAUAACUGGGGCAAUUACGGCACAUGAAGCGAGAAGAGUGCAAGUAUAUUGCAAGUAUAUAUCCCAGACACUCCAUGGGACUGCCAUAUAUGCCGAUCAGUUGGGGUGGUUUGGGGGGUCAAUGUAGGCAUAUAUGGCAUACAUGGAGUGUUUGGGUAUUCUUUGUGCUUUCAGGCUGCAACUUCAGAUGAUUGUGAUUGAUCCGGCAGAACCAGGAUCGUCAUGGUUGAGUCACCAACCAUGACUCGUGUUGCCAAAAAACGAGUGAAAAUAGCUUUAUGUAUUUUAUAUUCC